GUUCAGGACGGACUCAUCAGCCCACGGCUUCAGACAUCAAAACGCGAGGCUUUUUACCCUGGCAGCCCAUGGCUCGGUGCAGUUCCCUGGCUGCCCGUGUGGCCCUCGUCCUGUGCAUUACAGCCGGCUGGAGUCUGGCUGGCCGCAAGCAGGAGGAGGAGUCGCUCGCCAACGACAGUGUCUCCAAAGCCAGAUGCACAUCCCGUUGCCUGAGCCUGCACAUCACCCGGCUUUCAGCUUUGUUCAAGAACUUUCAGAAUAAUGGAUCCCUGAAUUGGUGUCAAAAUCACAAACAAUGCUCAAAGUGCCUGCAGCCCUGUAAAGAGUCUUGGGACUUACAGGAGGUUCACUGCCAAAGCAAGUGUGAGUCUCUCUUUCCAAAGAAACACUAUGAGUGCCUGACCAGCUGUGAGUUUCUCAAAUCAAUCCAGUCAGUGAAACAAGGUGACUGCCCAGCUCCAGAGAAGGCCAGUGGCUUUGCUGCUGCCUGCGUUGAAAGCUGUGAGGUAGAUAAUGAGUGCUCGGGACUGAAGAAAUGCUGUUCCAAUGGCUGUGGUCAUACGUGUCAAAUACCACGGAACCUGUUCAGAGGUGUCCCACUGAAACCCAGAAAGGAACUAAGUUUUACAGAGUUACCAACUGGAAACCUGGAGAUCAAAUGGUCAUCAAAGUUCAACAUUUCUGUCGAACCAGUUAUCUAUAUUGUACAACGAAGAUGGAACUAUGGCAUCCAUCCUAGUGAAGAUGAUGCCUCUCACUGGCAAACUGUAGCACAGACCACAGAAGAGCGGGUUCAGCUGCAUGACAUCCGUCCCAGUCGGUGGUAUCAGUUCCGUGUUGCUGCUGUUAAUGUACAUGGUACAAGAGGAUUCACUGCACCCAGCAAACACUUCCGCUCCUCAAAAGAUCCUUCAGCUCCACCUGCACCAUCAAAUGUGAGAGUCGGCAACUUUACUGCAAAUAGUGAUGGCACUGUUACCACCAAGAUCAUCUGGGACAUAUUGGAAGAGCCUGAUAUUCCUGUGCACCAUUACAAAGUGUUCUGGAGUUGGACUGUUAAUGCAAAGUCAGGAGUGCCAGCCAAAAAGAAAAGAAGGAAAACCAUAAGUGGGUCUCAAAAUCAUGUGGUCCUGGAAGGUCUCCAGCCUAACAGCAGCUAUUUAAUGGACCUGCAAGGUGUAACCUAUUGGGGUCAAGUGCGACUAAAAGGUGCCAAGGUUUCUCUGUAUUUUGGCACUCCUCGAGUACCCAACACAAGAUCAUCUUCAGCAACAAAAUCCAGACAUGGUGUUGUCAACGCCCUCCCAACAUCUCAUGGGAAAAGAACUAUGCGUCUCAUUGAUGUUGGGGCCCCUUUCUAUCAGGACAAUCAGCUUCAGGUUAAAGUUUACUGGAAGAAAAUGGAAGAUCCACGUAAUGUUGUGGAGCGAUACCUUGUUCAGUGGAUGCCGGAAUCCUGUACGCACAAUCAGACUACAGUUUCCAGAAAAGCCAUCUCUCAUGAUAAUUACAUAAUUCUCCCAGGACUAUAUUUCUCUUGCAAAUAUAAAGUUACAGUCCAAGCAAUAACAGCCAAGGGUCAAGGAAAAGCAGAGGCCGUGAUCUUCACAACCCCAUCAUGCUCCUCUUCUCGAGGCAAAGGUCACAAGCACAGCAGCUGUCCUGGAGAGGGGAUGACAACUAUUCCCAAAGUGUUGGUGAAACCUGAAAAUCUGUCAGCAUCAUUCAUCAUUCAUGCAGGGAACAUUACAGGACACUUCCACUGGAGAGUAUCUAAAGCACAGCUUCAUCAUCCGAUAACAGGAUUUCAGGUUACCUGGGCUGAGGUGACCACGGAAAGCCGACAAAACAGCCUACCGAACAGCAUUAUAUCCCAGUCACAAAUAUUGCCACCAGACCAUCACUCGCUCAUUGUCCUCAACCUGAGGCCAUCAACAUGUUAUAGGUUGGAGGUACAACUACUGACUACAGCUGGAGAGGGACCAGCUACUGUCAAAACAUUCCAGACACCUAGUUUAUCUUCAUCCCUCUUAUACAGCUCCAGACUGAAACAUCAUCAGCAGCAAAAACCAGUAUCAGUAAAACACUGAAGCAAUUCUAAUAACAUUACAGAAGAUACUUAAGGACUGUUGAUGUGACGAGAAUAAAAAUAAGGUUCAUGUCCCCUUCCCAAUAGAAACUGAAGGCAGAAGACUGUCUCCCUCCAGAUGCUCCUUUAAAAUUAGGUGAUCAAAUCAGUGCCAUAAAAAUUGUAUGCUUCAAUGUUAUCAUCACUGUAAUGUACCUUCAGAGGAUGGCUUUGAAAUUGUGCUAUUUAUUAACCUGUUUUGUUGAAUGUGCUGAUCCAGAUAUAUGCAACAUUUUACAUAUUUCCCGUGGAUACCUGUGAUUGACAGACAGUUAGGAAAAUGUGACUAGAAGCUGAAUAUUUUAACUGGGAAUGAUAAUAAUGUCAGUUAAUUAAUCUAUUGCAUGUAAUAAAGUUAUUAAAUUAUAAUGUAAAUGAAUCUUAUCAGAUGUUGACAAAAUAUGGUUGCAUGGUAGACCCGUCAGUGUUCCAUGUAGGCAUGAAUCUUAUGUCUAUGUUACCUCUGCUGAAUAUAUUAACAUGAUACAGUUUACAGAAUAAUUAACAAAGUCUAUAUGUACAAAUUAUUUACUUUUUAAUAUUGGAAUGAUAUGUAGUGUGGAAAUACCUGUACUGUAUUGUCUAUUACUGAACUGGCUGUAGAAAUCAUGAUCCUCAUUACAGUCAUUUUUAGAUCAAUAUUUAUUACUGUAUAACACCAUUUUUGGUCCAUUUAGUGUAUCUCGGUUGUCUUUGAGAUAAUGAACCUCUUGUAAAGACAUUUUGUAAAAAUUGAAUUGUAAAUAGAGUUUGUUGUAAGUUACAUUACCCAAUAUUUUCAUGUUAGACUUUGUACAUAUUGUUGAAGUAUUAAAUAACUUCCCUAAACAA